AUGUUAAAAUUAAUUUUUAUAAUAAUUUUUAUUAGUCCUAUUUGUUUUAUAAAUGGUUUAUUUUGAAUGGUUCAAAAUUUAUUAUUUAUUGUAACUUUUAUUUUUAUUGUUUUAAAUUAUUGUACAAAUUAUUUUGUGAAUAUUUCUUAUUUUUUAGGGUUUGAUGUGAUUUCUUAUGGAUUGAUUUUGUUAAGAUUUUGGAUUUGUACUCUUAUACUUACAGCUAGUGAGUCUGUUUAUAAGUAUGGUAGUUAUAAAAAUUUAUUUUUAUUUAAUAUUUUAAUUUUGUUAAUUUUUUUAGUUUUGACUUUUAGAAGAAUGAGCUUGUUUAUGUUUUAUUUAUUUUUUGAAAGAAGAUUGAUUCCUACUUUAUUUUUAAUUUUAGGAUGAGGGUAUCAACCUGAACGUCUUCAGGCGGGGGUGUAUUUAUUGUUUUAUACUUUAUUAGUUUCUUUACCUAUAUUAGUCGGGAUUUUUUAUUUGUAUAAUAGUUUAAAUACAAUGGAUUUUUAUUUAUUAAGUAAUUAUAUAUUUAAUUAUGAUUUACUUUAUUUGCCUUUAAUUUUAGCUUUUUUAGUUAAGAUGCCAAUGUUUUUGGUUCAUUUGUGGUUACCUAAGGCUCAUGUUGAAGCUCCGGUUUCUGGGUCAAUAAUUUUAGCUGGAAUUAUGUUAAAAUUGGGGGGCUAUGGGUUGUUACGAGUUUUUUCUUUUUUACAAGUAAGAGGAAUUAAGUAUAAUUAUUUAUGAGUAAGAAUUAGAUUAGUUGGGGGGGUUUUAAUUAGAUUAGUUUGUUUACGUCAAACUGAUUUAAAGGCUUUAAUUGCUUAUUCUUCUGUAGCUCAUAUGGGGAUUGUUUUAGGUGGUUUGAUAACUUUAACUUACUGAGGACUUUGUGGUUCUUAUACUUUGAUAAUUGCUCAUGGAUUGUGUUCGUCUGGAUUAUUUUGUUUGGCGAAUAUUACUUAUGAACGGUUAGGGAGUCGUAGCUUAUUGAUUAAUAAGGGUUUAUUGAAUUUUAUACCUUCAAUGACUUUGUGGUGGUUUUUGUUAAGAGCUUGUAAUAUAGCUGCUCCACCUUCUUUGAAUUUAUUGGGGGAAAUUUCUUUAUUAAAUAGAAUUAUUAGUUGGUCUUCAAUUACUAUAAUUUCUUUAUCUUUGUUGUCUUUUUUUAGAGCUGCUUAUACUUUGUAUUUGUAUGCCUAUAGUCAACAUGGUAGGGGGUUUUCAGGUAUUUAUUCAUUUAGAGGGGGAAAGAUUCGUGAAUACCUUUUAUUAUUCCUUCAUUGAUUUCCUUUAAAUUUGUUGAUUUUAAAAAGAGAUAUUUGUUUAUUUUGGCUUUAA